GAAAGUAGGGGCACUAUUACAAGAAGUAGGAGCACCCUGCAUUGGAUUCCAGUGAUGGACCCAGAACCCAAUCUCCCCAGUCCCACUGCCCGUAACUUGCAGUACGAUUUCUGUUCUGUUCAUUCAUCAUGAUACAUUCGGGAGCCUGUUUUCAAAUGGGCCCCCGCCCAGUUAGCCUCGUUGCGUCACGGGUAGCCGUUAAAAGCAUUUGCCCCACCAAUAUUUUGGAUCCGAAGUCCCCAAGGCCGCAUACCGACAUUUGGAUUGUACCAAUGCGAUCUGUUAACAAUAAGGGAUGUGAGAUCCCAAGGUGUAGGGUUUCACAUCUGAAUGCGAAACACGCAUGCCUGAUAGGCCCAGUCGCGAGUUGCGAGUGUCGCAUCAGCAUUUCUAUUUGAAUUCUCCCGAUAUUUACGGAUUGGAUACAUGUAGUCAUUGUUUCUGCAACUGACUUGCGUAUGUUUGUACAGGCAGAGGCUUUCGCGAGUUUUCUUCGCUUCCGUGGGUUGUGUACACACUUUUGUGCAUUCUCGUAGUGGUUUUCGAUUGGACCGUAUUGCCGGUGGCUAUAAUGGCGGGGGCCGAUUCUUGUAUGCAGACGUGAACUGGUUUACCGGAGUUUUCAGUUGUCGUGUUAUCUGAGUCUUUGAGUGCGCAUGGUGGAGUUUCAAGAGAAGGUGGCUGGUGAGGACUUGUGAAGGAAGCAGGGAUGGGGAUGAAGAGAGGGCGAGAAGACGGCUCGGAUGGCGCGGAGGGAGAGAUAGAGUAUGAGAAGCUGCGGAAUGCAAGACUAGCGGAGAAUCAGAAGCGCAUGGAGGAGCUGGGUCUCUUGAACCUUUCCAAGUGUCUUCGAGAGAGUGUUCGUUCCCCUGCCUCUAGCCGCGCUUCCAGCCGGUCCCCUUCCUCGAUUCCUCGCCUCAGCACGCCUGCUGGUCCAGCUCGACGCUCUUCUCGGUUGUCUGGAUCUCCUGUUAUUUCAUACGCCGAGAAUGUAAGAACUGCUAGUGAAGGGAAAGGGAAGAUAAGUCGCCGCGCAAGUCAGGCAGGCACAGGUGGCUACCAGCCUGAAAUCUACACCGAAGAGGACGAGAAUCUCUUGGGCGAUUUCAAGGAGGAGUGGCAACUCUUUGUUGAUGGAUAUGAUGCAAAAGGCGUUCGCAUUUACGAUCCAGUCCGUGGGAAGACUUGUCAUCAGUGCCGGCAAAAGACAAUGGGGCAUCGGACAUCAUGCAGCAACUGUCAGUCGCUCCAUGGCCAAUUUUGUGGCGAUUGUCUCUACAUGAGGUAUGGAGAGAAUGUCUUGGAGGCCAACCAAAAUCCGGUGUGGGAGUGUCCUGUUUGCAGAAACAUCUGCAACUGUAGCUUUUGUCGCCUCAAACGAGGCUGGACCCCGACUGGAUCCCUUUACCGAAAGAUUAAAAGCCUGGGUUAUAAGUCAGUAGCUCAUUAUCUCAUCCUCACCCGUCGUGGUGAUAAUGAAGAGAGAGCAGGGGUUGAAGUACCAUCUAAAAGUGCCGGUCUGAUGGAGAAGGCAACAGAUCUGGAUGGUGAGACAGUGGCCUCUCUGGAGCCGAUAACUGAGAACGCUGCGAAGCCAUGCCUUGAAGCGCCUGAGCCAGUUGUAGAGAAGCCAGGCUCUCUAAAAAGGGGUCAGGAGGCCAUCAAGACCAAUGCUUUAUCUUCUGUAUGGCGUUCUAGACGUGCAGGGUCCAUUACUUCGAAAGGUGUAAAGGAAACCAUAGUUAAGGGCACGAAUGUCAUUGAAGUUAGUGAAAAGUCAGAGAGCGCGGAAACAACAGCGUCUGUUGAUUCACAAAAAGAGCACGAGGCAGAGCAGCCCCAGGAGGAGUCUAAGAAGCCUGGUCGCGGCAGACCUCGCAAAACCUUGCCGACAUCAGGAAAAGGGUCUUUUUACGGUACUGCACCUAGACGGAGGGUUGCAGCAAAGCCUGAGCCUGAUUUGAACUCCACAUAUGUUAAGGAAGAGCAGGAAGUACUUACAUUGGAUUCUGACACUGAGGAUUCAAGCUGUGACUUAAAAGGCGGCAAUAUGGUGCCUAUUGCACAUAGGUUACGAAGAAGACAUGUAUGCUAAACUGGAAGCUGUGAUCUUCGUGGGCAGUGGAGCAGUUGCAAAUAUCUACCACGUGAGUAUACUGCUUUGCCUACUGUGACCAAAGAACUUAUGCGAAAUUGACUGGUAGAUUGCAUCAUUGUGAAGUUGAAAUGGAGUUGAAGAGGGGUCUCACUGUCUCUUCAUGACCCUCCAAAUGAGAAAAAUGAAGUGACUUGGAUCUGAAUAUUAACUUUUUGUCUGCCACAUCCUGAAUAGUAUGGAUGUAGGUAUCAAUUGGUAAUGUGUCGGCUGCUUUAGGAGUGUAGGGACUCAACCUAUUAUUAUGAGAGUAAUGUCUCUCGUAGAUUUGCUAAAAUUGUCAUUAAACAAGCUGUCAGUGCAAUGCCACGUGUUCUUGGAGAAGCCUUCAAGAGGGUUGUAAAUAUGUUUUCACUCGCUAACCACGAGUAAAGCCGGAGACAUUUUGUCAAAAUGGCGUUACGCUGUCACGUAGAAAAUGAUGUUCACCACUGGACUAAUGAUGUGAGUGGUUAACAACACUACGAUCAUCGUAUUGUUUUUUGAAA